AAGGGUUGCAGCCGUGCUGUCGAAGUUCACAUUAAGGGCUAGCGUGGAUGCGCAAAUUCGGGGUGCAUUGCUCUCUCCCAGGCUGUCGUAUCGAGAGUAAAGAAAAGGUUAAUCUAAGUGGACGGUAUGGUCGACAACUCCAGUAGCAGCAAGGCGCAAAUGACAAGUUUAUCGCAGGAGGCUAGUUUGAGUGGCGGGUUUUCCCAGGCGAGCCUGGCUAGCGCGGCGGGAGUGAAGCUGGAGGCCGUCAUGGAGCAGCUCCAGAAGCAGCAGCAGGCCAAGCUGGAGAUGGAGCGCAAGGAGCGGCACCUGAGGGAGGCCCAGAUCCUCUACGCCCAGCAGGUGGCCGCCCAGCAGGCCAUCCUGGCCAACGCCCGCGCACAGGGCGGCCCCCUGGCGCCAGAGUUCUAUGGCAAGAACUCCAGGGACCGGGCGCUGAAGAUGGGCACCGGGCACCAGGCCAGCAGGGUGGCCACCCAGAGCAGCGUGGACUCCAUGCGUGAGGAGGAGGAGGACGAAGAUGACGACGAGGACGACGACGACGACAUGGAGCGGCGCAGGGGCUCUGAGGGAGAGGAAGACGAGGAUGAGGAGAUGGUGGAGGGCGAGGAAGGCAGCGAGGAGGACGAGGGCGAGGGCCUGGAGUUCCUGCGCAAGCAGAGUCUGGCGCUGCAGCGGGCCGCGUCCGGCGUGAGCCCGUUCCCCUUCCCCGUCUACGCCGCUGCGCCCUCGCCGUCCGCCGCCAAGAAGAGGCCGCGCUCGCCGGCCGCCAGGGUGAAGGACGAGCCCGAGGACAAGAGCCUGUCCCCCGCCGGGCCGCACGCCUUCUCCACGCCCAACGGCACCGCCGACUGGCCCUUCGACGACUCCUUCAAACAGAACGGCAGCGCCGGCUGGAGUGAAGAGGGCGAGGGAGGAAGAGGAGCCAAAGGAGAAGCUUCCAGAGACUUUGCCAAGCUUUAUGAGUUGGACAGUGACCCCAACAGGAAGGAGUUCCUGGAUGACCUUUUCACCUUCAUGCAGAAGAGAGGGACCCAGUGAACCGCAUCCCCAUCCAUGGCCAAGCAGGUGCUGGACCUGUACAAGCUGUUCAAGCUGGUGACGGAGAAGGGAGGCCUGGUGGAGGUGAUCAACAAGAAGAUCUGGAGAGAGAUCACCAAGGGCCUCCACCUGCCCACCUCCAUCACUAGUGCCGCCUUCACACUCCGCACACAGUAUAUGAAGUACCUGUACCCGUACGAGUGUGAGAAGAAGGCUCUGAGUUCUCCCGGUGAGCUCCAGGCGGCGAUCGACAGUAACCGUCGUGAGGGGCGUCGCCCUAGUUACAGCAGCAGCCUGUACCGCUUCUCCCCCUCCCCCAGCGGCGCCGCCCACAUCCUCACCCCCCCCAAGCUCCACCCCCCCUCCUCCGCACACAACGGCCUGCAGGACGGCGCCAGCCCCGCCCUCAAGAAGGGCACAGUGCCAGAGGAGGGUCCUGCGUCCAUGUUGCCGGGGCGACUGGCGUUGGCGCUGGGUCACCAGCAGCAGUUGGCGCGUGCGGCGACGCUGGAGCAGCUGCGUGAGCGGCUGGAGACGGGCAUGGGCGUGGGCAUGGGCGUUGGCAUGGGCGCGGGCGUUGGCAUGGGCGCGGGCGCGGGGGCGCUGGAGGGGCAGGAGCGCAGCAUGGCACGGCUGGCAGAGGAGCAGCACAGGCUGCUGCAGCAGGCCUUCCAGCACAACCUGCUGGCCAUGGCGUCCCAGGUCAACCCCGCCGGCCUGCACCUCGGAGCACCCAAAGCAGAGGACAAGCAGCAGAAGCAGGACAAGCAGGACAAGCAGAAGCAGGACAUGUCUCUCAGCAUCUCCUCCAAUGGAUCCACCAGCAUCACCGUGUCUGUGGAGGUCAACGGAACCGUCUACACAGGGACGCUGUUUGCCCAGAAGGCCUCUGGUGGGGUGCCCACAGUGACCCCUACUGGCCAGAGUGGAAGCCACAGUCCUAAUGUGUCCUCCUCUUCCUCCUCCUCCUCCUCCUCCAAAGGCCCCAACUCUGCUGACCCCCCCAGCUGCACCUCCCCAUAACCCCCCCACUCACUGCACCUCCCCACU